CGCACGAUGUCCUCCGCAUCUGAUAUCGACCCUCUGUCCAUCGCAUGGGCCCCGCCGCCGGACGAGUCGCCCGAAGCGCGGGCGGAGAGGUUGAGGGAGGAGGAGGCGGCGCAGAGGGUGAGCGAUGCGAUUGAUGAGAGUUUGAGGCAGGAGAAGGCGUCGUUGAAGAAGAGGACGAAGCCGGUGAAGAUAUUGUUGUUGGGGCAGGCGGAGAGCGGCAAAAGUACAACACUGAAAAAUCUCCAAAUGACCUACGCCCCCGCCGCCUGGGCCCGCCAACGCGCCUCCUGGCGCGCCGUCAUCCAGCUCAACCUCAUCCACUCCAUAAACCUCAUCCUCGACAUCCUCGCCUCCGUCGCCUCCACCCCCUCCGCCUCCUCCUCGUCCACCCAUCACAAUACGAACCACAGCCACAAUCAUCAUUAUUCGCACGACGACGAACAGAGCUUCGCGUCCCAUGGCCAGUCGAGCGGAAAUGCUAGUGGGGGAGCGAAUAAUCAUAACCCGCUCACGGAGAAACAUGCGCUCUUGAGAUUGAGGUUAGCUCCGCUCCGGAGAGAGGGUGGCGGGGGCGGGGGCGGGAAGGAUGGGAGGGAUGGGAGGCCGUCGGUCGCGGAUGAGGCGACGGAGGUGUUGAUGGGGUGUGCGGAGGAUAUGAAGGCGUUGUGGGAGGAUGGGACGGUUAGGGGCGUGCUUGAGGGGUGGGGGAUUAGGUUGAGUCAGUGGAGUGGGUUCUUCCUUGAUGAUAUCGAUAGGAUAGCCUCCCGGUCGUAUACACCAUCCGACGCAGACGUAGUCCGCGCACGACUGAGGACUAUCGGCAUCCAGGAACACAGUCUAGUCUUCGAGGAUGGCAUCAAGAACGAGUCGGGCGGGGAAUGGACGAUUUAUGAUGUUGGGGGAUGUCGGACUUCUCGCCACGCCUGGCUGCCCUACUUCGAAGAUCUGACUUCGAUCAUCUUCCUCGUCCCCAUCUCGUGCUUCGAUGAACAGCUGGAAGAAGACCAGACGGUGAAUAGACUUCAGGAUUCGUUCGCGCUUUGGACGGCGAUCGUGGGGAGUAAGCUUUUGAGUGACGUCAUGAUCAUCCUCUUCCUCAACAAAUGCGACCUGCUCGACCAGAAACUCAGGAGCGGAGUCAUGCUUAACCAUUUCUUGACGAGUUUUGGGGAGAGGAGUAAUACGACGGGGACGGUUGUUAAGUAUCUACGAAGCAAGUUCAAAGACAUCCUCAUCGAAAAAUCACCAAAGGAGAGGCCGUUCUAUGGGUAUCCGACGAGUGUAGUGGAUACGAUGGCGACGCGGUUGACGCUUGGGAGCGUCCGCGACGGGAUAUUGAGGUCUCACCUGAAGAAUGCGGAUUUCUUGUGA